AUGUCAGGAUUCGAGGUGGCGGGGGUCGUGCUUGGUGCCAUUCCAUUAAUCAUGUCAGCUCUAGAUGGUUACAAGACGGCUCGGCAGUAUCUCCGAUUCUUCGUCCGGAAAGAGCUUUUGCUCAACCAGCUUAUAUGGUCGCUGAAGGAGCAAAAGUUCUUCAUAGAGACUGACGUUCGCCUGGCACUUAAGGCGGCAGAUCUCUCGGAGGAUGAGAUCGUGAAGCUGACCAAUACGCCGGCCGAGUGUCUCUUGAAGGACCUAGACAUCUCGGGCGCAAUGAGAGUAACUGGGCGACGGAUUCGAACUCUACUUGAAUGCCUUAUCUCGAUGUCAGGAGAUAUUGAGCUCGAUAGUUGCGAACUUCGAUGA